CUAUAGAUGCCUUCUCCGUCUGAUAUCAUCCAGUUUUAUUUCUUUCAGGUCUUUCACACUUCUAACUACUUGCCGGAGAGUCGGAGACAUCGUUUGGACUACUCCGCCGGAGUUAUGUGACCUAAUUCAGCAAAAGAUGCGUUUGCCUCCAAAGCAAUGAGCACAGAUAUGGGACAGCAGAAGGAAGAUAAAGAAACAGACAAGCGAAACUCGUCAGACGUGGGAACCGGAGAAUCCCUCCUCAGGCGAUUGAUACAGCUUAUAUUAUCGUUGAUAUCUUUUACUCAUACCAUCAAAGUGUUUACAGUAAAAUGGCAGUCGAUUCGCAACAAGCUAGAGGACCUGAACUCUGGUCUUAUCGCUGCAGAGAACUGCAACUUGGGGGAAAAUUCAUCCAUCUUGGACUUGAUUCCCAGUAUAGAAUCGACCGUUAAUGACUGCUAUGAUAUUGCUCGCCGGUGUGUCAACUUGUCCUAUAGCGGGAAGCUACUUAUGCAGAGCGACCUGGAUGUAUUGUCUGCAAAAUUCGAUCUUCAUAGCAAGAAUCUUACAGCAAUCUACACUUGCGGAAUUCUUCACGGUAAUGCACUUGUUGUGUCAAAGCCAGGUAUUGGAGCUAAUCGCGAUGACAUGAAAUUCUAUGUCAGGGAUUUGCUGACAAGGCUGAAGAUCGGAGACUCAGGGAUGAAAAGCCAGGCCUUGAUGGCUUUAAAUGAAGUUGUCGCGGAAGACGAAAAAUAUGUGAGGAUUGUUGUUGAGACAGGUGAGGUAAUAAAUCUCUUGGUGAACUUUCUUGAGUUUGCAGAGAGGGAGAUUCAAGAAGAAUCGGCCAGAGCCAUUUCGGUGAUAGCAGGGUUUGACACGUACAAGGGUGUUGUUGUUGGGGCCGGGGUCAUUGCACCUCUAAUUCGGGUUCUGGAGAGUGGAAGUGAUUUGGCGAAAGAAAGAGCAGCAAGGGCUAUGCAGAAACUAACAGAGAAUUCUGAUAAUGCUUGGUCAGUUUCUGCUCACGGUGGAGUAACAGCUCUGUUGAAGUUCUGCACCUCUUGUGAUGGCAGAGGAGGUGUGUCUAUUGUUCCCGCUUGUGGGGUUCUAAAAAAUCUAGCUGGAGUGGAGGAGAUCAAAAGGUUCAUGGUUGAAGAAGGCGCAAUCUCGGCCUUCGUCAAGCUUAUAAGAUCGAAAGACGAAGCCUCGCAGAUAAAUGCUAUCGAAUUCCUUCAAAUUAUGGCUUCUGAUGAUGAACCUAUUCGACAGAUGGUCAUCAGAGAUGGAGGAAUCCACUUGCUGGUUCGUAACUUGGAUCCUAGAUCUUCCUCUUCCUCCAAGGCUCGAGAAACUGCGCUUAAAACAAUCGAGAGUCUCUGUUUCGCCUCCGCGAGUUCUCUGAACGUCCUGAUUGGAUAUGGGUUUCUUGAUCGUCUUCUUUACUUUCUCCGAAACAGUGAGGUCUCGAUUCAGGAAUUGACAGUGAAGUUGGCACUUCGUCUCUGUGGGAAAUCAGAAGAGACUAAGAAGGCAAUGGGAGAUGCGGGUUUUAUGCGAGAGUUGGUGAGACUACUUGAUGCAAAAUCUUUUGAAGUUAGAGAAAUGGCGGCCGAAGCACUCAAUUGUUUGAUUUCGGUCCCAAGGAACCGGAAGAGAUUCAUCCAGGAAGACGAUGGCAUUGUCCGGAUUCUGCAAUUGCUCGACCUGGGGGAGGUAAAAUCAGGUAAGAACAAGCUCAUGCUCUCUGCUUUAAUGUCAUUAACCAGUUGCAACAGUGGAAGAAGGAAGAUCCUGAAUUCUGGCUACCUGAAAAAUUUAGAAAAGCUUGCGGAAGCUGAAAUUACGGAUGCCAAAAGAAUUGUUAGGAAGUUGACCACAAACAGAUUUCGUAGUAUAUUGACUGGAAUCUGGAACUCUUGAAUGUAAUUUUGUUUACUAUAUACCGACUGAAUUAUAUGUAUCGCAUGAUAGUUGCUUGAUUUGUGAAUUUUUGGUUCAGCUUUAAUUCCUGAGUUAAAAAAAAUUUUCUUCUUUUUCUCCUU